AUGGACUUGUCUUAUUCACAUGAAGAAUUUCAUCAUGAUCCUAUAGAAUACAACGAAGAGCCUAACAAAUCCAACGGCGAGGUUGAUGCCCUAUCCAAGAGUGAAUGGGAUUAUUUGUCGUUUGCCCAGCAGUUGCAAGAUUUACCUCAUAACAACAUUGACAUUUCUCCGUCGAUUUCCAACCACACCGUGCAAACUGUGCAUCUGUUGAGGCCGUCGUUUUCAUCAACGGAGUAUGAAACAGAUAAUACUGAGUUUUUAGGUAAUUUGGUGGAUAAGCCUGUUACCGAUGACUACAAUUUCAAUCAAGAUAUUGAUGCUAGUUUUCGGUUUUUGGACAACGUAAUGGAUGGAGAACAAAUGAUGACUACCCCGUUGUUUAUGUCUGAUGAAACCCAUGAAACUCCCGAUUUUCUUCAAUUGCAAAAUGAAUUGAAUUAUGAGUAUAAUAACAAUCUGAAAUUCCUCACUGCUGCUCCUGCUCACCCCACUGAUGAAUUUGUUACGGUUCCAAUAUAUGAGUGGCCCAAUGAUGAACUGUCGUCGUGUCCCGUGAAUCUUUUGAAUAACAUCCGGAUCAAAUUAUCUAAUUUGGAGCCAAAGACUAUCUCAGAUGCAGUUCGGAAAACAAUUCGGGAGGAGUUUCUUAUUCAAGAUGUAUUUCUAGGUGAUCCCAACAUGCAACAUUCGCAUAGUCAGGCACAUGCGUCUCCCCAGCGAUCUAUUAGAAAGAGAAGUGAUCAGGAUGUGGAAUGGACUCCAUUGAGUGUAUACAAGGCUUACACCAAUAUUAAAUCUCCUACAAAUGGCAAAGAAGCGUAUAAUCAUUUGGUUCCUUAUAGUUCGUGUAUUGGUACACUAAAUUACCGACCAAAGGAUCAUGCUGCGUGGAAGAGACUGCCCAAUAGAAGAAGAUAGUAUUCAAAAUUGUUCUGAAAAACUGUAAUAGAUUCGUAUGGUCGUUUGUCAUUUAAUUGAACUGUAAGUUCGCCUUGUUGACACUUGUUU